CGCAAAAACAGCUCGUACCGCUCGCACGGCUUGAUAAAACGCGUGCGAAGGCUAGAUACUGACACUCCGUACUGUUCUCGAGCAGCGAGACAGCUGAAACGGUACCGGCGGGCAUUCGUCUGGCCACAACCAGCCUUGGGGCCCAUUCCAGCAGCGGCAGGGAGAACAGCCUUGGCCAUCCCAGCAGCCGCAUUGUGAGCGCAAAGCGAUGGACGCCAUCGCCCAGCACUUCGGCGCCAUCCAAACCGCCGUGCAAACGCAGAACGGCUCGCAAUUGGCCCAACUACUGAGCUGCCUCGCGCCAUCAACACCACUGCCGCCGCAAGUCGCGGGCGUCGUGCAAAACGCGCAGUACGCCGAGGACUGCGCGAAGCAUUAUUGUGGGGAGCCCUGGGGCCCCAUCGCCGCGAAGCAGACUUGUGCGCGCGUCGCGCUCGACAGAGGGGAGACGAGGAAGGCGUACGAUAACGUGGUAAGUGCGUACAACGGGUUCCUGAAUGCGAUUCGGGAAGAAUCAGGCUGGGUCGCGCCUCUGAUUCGGACCUUGACCUUCGAGGCGCGCGUUAUUGCUGAAAGGGCCGAUUCUGAAGUGUCAAAACGAGCGAAAGCUGCGAAUGCACAUGUCGCCAAACCGAAUGAAACUUUAAGGGAUGUGGAGAAAACGCUCAAGAAGGGCUUCUCGGCGUGCUGGACCGACCGGACGGGCGGCCCGCCGGGCGCCUCCAAAAAAAGAGCGACGUUGUAUGUUGUUAGUCAGCUCAUGAAAAUAUAUUUCAAACUUAACCUAUUGAAAUUAGCACAACCACUCAUCCGGCCGGUGGAGGCGUCGGCGGGCAAGGCGCUGGAGUCGAAUAGUGUGUUUCCCGUUGGUGAUGUGGUCUCGUAUCGCUUUUUUGUUGGUCGAUUACGGAUGUUCGAGGAUAGAUAUGAAGAGGCGGAGGCUCAUCUCGCGUAUGCCUUCGCGCACUGUCGUACGACGUCGAGGUCCAAUAAAAGGGCCAUUCUCGAGUUCCUGUUGCCGGUGCGACUGCGGAGCGGGCGGUUCCCGCACCCUAAACUCCUGGAGAAGCACGGGCUGGCGAGCAUGCUGCCGUUGGUGCAGGCCGUGAAGGUCGGCGAUCUGCGCACGUUCAAUAGUGAACUGAAGCGACACCAGCGCGCGCUCGUCAAAAAGGGCACGUUUCUGCUGCUGGAGCAGUCGAAAAUUUUAGUUUAUAGGAAUCUCUUCAAGAAGGUGUUCCUCGUAAACGAAAAACAAACGCAAGUCAAAUUGCAGCUGUUCGAGCGGGCAUUACAAUGCCUCGGCGAGCCGACGGACCUCGCCGAGGUCGAGUGCGUGGUGGCCAAUUUGAUAUACCGGGGCUACGUGAAGGGCUACAUCAGCCACCAGAAGGCCGUGCUCGUCGUGUCGAAGAAGGACCCGUUUCCCACGGCAGCAGUAAUGAAGAGGUAGUA